AAGGCUGGGCCAAUAGCCGCGAAUGCACAGCUGCAAUAAGACUACAUCUGCGUCCCUGCGGAGCUGUGGCGCUUGCCUGCUACCAGUAGGACGCAGGCGAGCUGACGGGCAGGACGUACGACAUGGGAUCUACACUAGGGCAGUCUGUAGCGUGUGUGCUCGUGACUCUGCUGCUGCUGACCGCGGCAGACGAUCGCCAGCGCAGGCAGCAUGGUAUGUUCCUGUACCAGACACUGUUUUCCCCGCCACAGCCCGUGAGGAAUCCUGAGCAACCCAGCGUGGUCGGGCGCAGUAACAGCGUCCUGUGCGAUUCUCCAGACGGCACGACGGGCGUCUGCUACCCGGAAGAGGAGUGUGAGCAGCUGGGCGGGCUGUCGCUGGCCCCCUGCGACGACCAGCAGCGCGUCUGCUGCCUGGUGGAAAAGAGUUGUCGAAAUGUAACAAGUGAAGUGGUAUCAUACUUCGUGAAUCCCAGCUACCCAAAUCAAGACAGAGCUGGGACAUUCUGUGACUUCAGGAUUGAUGUACUGGAUGAAGAUAUCUGUCAAGUACGCAUGGAUUUUGAACAGUUUUCUCUCAGUGGGCCACACAGAACACUAGGUAUAUGCCGUAAUGACCGUUUUAUUGUGACCACCUCACUACCAAAUGGCAUUGGAUUAUCAGAACUAUGUGGAGAAAAUGGUGGACAACACAUAUAUGUCCCUGUUGAUGCAGCCAUUGGAAGUGCUUCUGUUUCCAUUAUGAUAAUGACCUCUGGCAUAAAACCAUAUCAAUGGAGAAUACGAGCUACACAAAUCAACUGUAAGGAAAAUGUCAACCUUGCAGCUCCACAAGGCUGUUUGCAGUAUUACACAGAGCUAUCUGGAAGCAUCCAAAGUUUUAAUUAUUACCAUGGGCAAGGACACUACCAAAGCAAUCUGGAUUAUUCUAUUUGUAUUCUUCGCUCACCAAAUACAUGCCGUGUUGAGUACAGACAAGCAGAGGAUUCAAUAUUUUGGAUAAAUUCUGCAGACAAUGAGUACCUGGAGGAGAAUAUAGGACGUGCAGGCACAGCAAGUUGUGAUCUAACAACCCAUGAUUACCUUCACAUUCCUGAUGGACGGGGAGCAACUAGUGACGAUUAUGAAGAUGAAACACAGUUCCAUGAAGAUCCUAGUAGUUUCUCUACCUCAUCAAGUGAUAAAUUCUGUGGAAGAAGUCUAUCUGGUUUAGCAGUUAUUGAAGAGGCAGAGCGGUUGAAGUCUGGAUAUGUUUUAGACCCACCAGAAAAUACAUCAGUUUCAUCAGCAGUUACAAGUUUUGCUUCUGGACCUAUAGUGCUGAGAUUUCAUAGUGAUGAUGUUACAGAGCCUGAAAAAGAAACGGGAUUUCACAUUACUUACAAGCAACUAGGAACAGGUUGCAUGCGGUCCCUAAGAUAAACAUUCUGCUCAACAAUUACCAAGAAAAUUUAUGUAUUUAUUUAUUGUAUUUAUAUAAGAGUAAGGUGUAUUGAAAAUCUCUAACAAAACCCACAGAGCAGAUACUCAUCAAAGUGAUAGUUAACUAGAUGUUAUAAAUGAGAGUCAUACUUCAGAAACACUAAAGGCCUAUACUUUGACCCAUAACAUCAGACGAAAAUAACAAAAAAAUGAUGAAUUACACUGUCUAAUGCAGUGUAUGUGAUUUCCUUGCUGCCAAUCAUUAGAAUUCAUUAAAUUGCAAGCUAAACUUACGAUGAUGAACCAGAAUUGUUAUCAAAACAUAACAAGCUAUCAUAUAGCUGUACUCUACUAGAGAUGACUGCUAUUUUUGUCAAAUAUUUCAAACAUUAAGGUACAGCUGGAUUAUGAGAUUCAUGGUUGUAUGGUGCAGCGGUGCUGAAGGUCAAAUAAAGAGAGACUUUAUGAA